CGUGGUUGGUUAAGUGUUAAACAACUCAAAAUACGCAGACGUCUAAACGAGAAUCAUACGAAAAAAUAACACGGUGGUAAAAUAGCAACAACAUCAACAGGAAAAAAAUUAAAAAUAAUAAAGAAUAGAAAUAAUUUUUAAGUCGAAAAAAAGAAAUUGUGCGUUUUUUCACAUUUUUCGGUCGUUUAAUGCACAUGUGUUUUAUAAUCCAAACAGAAAAGAAAUAACUAGGAAAUAAAGCAGAAAAUUAAAAAUCAAUAAUUUAACAAGAAAAGUUAAGUGAUUUGAAAUUAUUUGCAAAAUAAAUAAACUUAACAGACCCUUUAAAAAUUGCUUUUUUUUGUUACGGAACAAUUCCGCUAAGAAGUUCCUGGGCUCAAAAUCGGUGAUAAGACUUAAGUGAACAGAGUUAAAAAGGAACUUCUAGGAAAUUAAACUGACUUUCUGUAAAAAAUUUCUUUAGGUUGUUUUCCAAAUCAAAUAACCUUGAUUUCUUAAAGGCUGUUAAAAUAAGCUAAAAUUUUGUUAUAAAAAAAUUUGAAAAUCUGAAAAAAGUAAAAAAAAACUUCAGUGAAAAAGUUUUCAAUUUCGUUUUCAUUAUAAUGUUUAAUAAUUUCCAACCAAUUGUUUGGAUUAUUAAGCCAGUUCAAUGUCAAGAUGGUCACUCGUUUUUAAAACGUGCCAGCACCGAUAAAUUACGUGAAGUCUUCCAAAAAUACGCAACCUACGAAAAGAAUGGUGAACAUUUUAUGACUAGCGAUGAUUUUGUAAGGAAAUUUUUGGGUUUAUUCACAGAUGCCGCAUUUAAUGAUGAAUCAGUGCGUUUAUUAGCGGGUAUUGCUGAUACAAGCAAGGAUGGACUUAUAUCAUUCUCAGAAUUUCAAGCUUUUGAAGGUUUAUUAUGUACACCAGACGCUUUAUAUAAAACAGCUUUUCAAUUAUUCGAUCGUCAAGGCAAUGGCACAGUAUCCUACAGUGAUUUUGCUGAUGUCGUACAAAAAACUGAACUACAUUCAAAAAUACCUUUUAGCCUAGACAGUCCCUUUAUUAAACGAUAUUUUGGUGAAAAAAAACAACGUUUAAUUAAUUACGCUGAAUUUACUCAAUUACUUCAUGAUUUUCAUGAGGAAUAUGCGAUGGAAGCAUUCCGUAGCAAAGAUCCAGCUGGUUCUGGAUAUAUUUCUCCAUUAGAUUUUCAAGAUAUUAUGGUUAAAGUUAAAAAGCAUUUACUCACCGCCGAUGUUAAAGAUAAUUUAGUAGCCGUUACUGAAGGCCAUAAGGUAAGCUUUCCAUAUUUUAUGGCUUUCACAUCGUUGCUAAAUAAUAUGGAAUUGAUAAAACGCAUCUAUUUACAUUCUACACAAGGUAAUCGCACAGAACCAGUUACCAAAGAUGAACUUUUAUAUGCUGCUCAAACUAUGAGUCAAAUUACACCCUUAGAAAUUGAUAUUCUAUUUCAAUUGACCGGAGCUCUACAUCAAACUGGUUGGUGGAGACGUAAAAAGAUACAAGCAAGUAGCCGCAUUGUCUAUAACGAUUUAAGCAAUAUUGCACCCGAGCACUAUACGAAGCAUAUCACCACUAGAUUGGCUGAAAUAAAGGCCGUGGAAAGUCCAGCCGAUAGAUCAGCAUUUAUACAAAUUUUAGAGAGCACAUAUCGUUUUACGUUGGGCUCUUUGGCAGGCGCCGUGGGUGCUACGGUUGUUUACCCCAUUGAUUUGGUCAAGACACGCAUGCAAAAUCAACGCACAGGCUCAUACAUUGGUGAGGUGGCCUAUAGAAAUUCCUUUGAUUGUUUUAAAAAGGUCAUACGCCAUGAAGGUGUUUUGGGUCUUUACCGUGGUCUACUGCCUCAAUUAAUGGGUGUGGCACCCGAAAAAGCCAUCAAAUUAACUGUCAACGAUUUAGUGCGUGAUAAAUGUACCGAUAAACAGGGUAAAAUUCCAUUGUGGUCUGAAAUUUUAGCUGGUGGUUGUGCUGGUGCCUCUCAAGUGGUCUUUACAAAUCCUUUGGAAAUUGUUAAAAUUCGUUUGCAAGUUGCUGGUGAAAUUGCUGGUGGCAGUAAAGUUCGUGCCUUAUCGGUUGUGCGUGAUUUGGGUUUGUUUGGUCUGUACAAGGGUGCUCGUGCUUGUCUGCUGCGUGAUGUACCUUUUUCGGCUAUUUAUUUCCCAACUUAUGCUCAUACGAAGGCUUUGUUUGCCGAUGAAGAUGGCUACAAUCAUCCUCUAACUUUAUUGGCUGCUGGUGCCAUAGCUGGUGUACCAGCUGCUUCUUUGGUAACACCCGCUGAUGUGAUAAAGACCCGCUUACAGGUAGUGGCCCGAUCCGGACAAACCACCUAUAGUGGUGUAUGGGAUGCUACAAAGAAAAUUAUGGCUGAAGAAGGUCCCAGAGCAUUCUGGAAGGGAACAGCCGCUCGUGUCUUCCGUUCAUCACCACAAUUCGGUGUCACCUUGGUGACCUACGAAUUAUUGCAACGUCUCUUCUAUGUUGAUUUUGGUGGCUCUCAUCCCACUGGCUCCGAAGUCAAUAAACCCAAAGCUAUUGACACCACUAAUGUGCGUAUUAAUGCCGAUCACAUUGGUGGCUAUCGUGCUGCUGUACCUCUACUAAAUGGUAUCGAAUCGAAAUUUGGUCUAUUCCUACCACGUUUUGGUCAUGUCCAACCGCAGUCGUCUGCGACAACUGCCAAAACAACAUCAUGAUGACGAUAUCGUAGUUUAUAUUAAGUUUAAAUGCCAGUUAAUUUUAUUUUUAAUUUCUUUCUUUUUUUAAAAUACUACAACAAAUCUUAUAAUUUCUUUAAGUUUAAAAUAAAAAUUAUUUAGUUUUCAUAAAACACAAACAAAAAUAUAAUAAAAAGUGAGAAAAUUUUCAAGAAAAUACAAACGAUUAAUUAAACAAAUUCAUUAAUACAAUCAAUCUUCAGUUAGCAAAGGUUUAAUAAGGAUACAUUUCAUUUAAAAAUAAAAAAACUAAUUAAAAUCAUACAAAUAAAUAAAAUGAGAAAAUCAUAAAACUAAACACAAAACAAAUAUAUUUUUUGCUAGGAAAAUUAUUAUAUUUCAACAAUGAUGAAGAGUCAAGUAAAGUAAAUUUAAA